GCGGCAUUUCCACGUCAGGUUUAUUAUUGUUUUCGAAUUUAUCAAGCAGUGAAAAUGCUCCUCAAAGGACUGUCUGGCUUUGUGGUACUCUGGGUCGUCCUGCAGUUAGCCGCAGCGGAUUCGCCCGAGGAGGAGCAAGGCGUUCGAUACGCCAACCGCUGCGAAGCCUGCAAAAUCCUGGCCACCGAAUUGGAGGCGCGACUUGGGGAGACCGGCAAGUCGCACGACGUCAUCGAAAUCGGAUACUCCGUGGACGAUGUGAAGCCCAAGAAGCGCACUGAGUACCGGCGCAGCGAACUGCGACUGCUCGAGUCCCUGGAGAACGUGUGCGAGCGAGUGCUGGAGUACAAUCUGCACAAGGAACGCUCUGACAGCACGAGAUUCGCCAAGGGAAUGUCCCAGACCUUCCAGACGCUCCAUGGCCUUGUGGACAAGGGCGUCAAGGUGGAUCUGGGAAUACCCUACGAGCUGUGGGACAAGCCCCCCGUGGAGGUCACCCAAAUGAAGACCCAGUGCGAAAACCUACUGGAGGAGUACGAGGAAACCAUCAGCGACUGGUACUUUAAGCACCAGGAUGAGAAGUCACUGAAGAAGCAUCUCUGCGAGGACCAUGUGCUCAAGAAAAAGGCCGAAAGGGAAUGCCUCAAGGAGCAGCUUGCUCCUCCGGAGGCCAGAAAGGCCAAAAAGGAAAAAGCCAAGGGCGACAAGGAGGAGCUGUGAACUAAGUAAUCCAAGUAUAUCCUAGGAAUCCCUACCAUAUUGUAAUUCCAUGUCGAAAAAAGUAGGUGUAGGUAGUGCAGAUGUUGUCGAUACAAUUUUUAAAAGUAACUCAAAAUUUAGUUUUUGAAUGAUCUUACUUUUUCGAAAUGGAAAUGAGUUUAAGUUUUACCACCUAUAGAACAAAGCGAAAAGUGUUUAAUUAGCUUAAGUUAACUCACUAUGUCUCUCAACUUAAUCUGUAUGACUUCCACAACGACUGAGCCACAAAAUGCUACUGAAAGUUUCGCCUGGGGCCAUUGGCUUAUUGAUUUCGGCCACGAAUUGGGGUCGACAAUUAAAAGUUGACUGCCCUCAAUGAGGUGGCCAGUCAUAACCCCCAGCCGAAAUUCAGGUGAUUUUGGGCAUUUUCUAGGAACCUAUGGCACUGAAUGGAAGAGAGUUAUCCUUUAGUACCUGUAAAUUUUAUAACUAAAAUUUAGUAUUUACAUUAAAUAUAGAUUAUCUGUGCAUACA